AUGGCUUCUGUAUGCUUGAGCAAGCACGACAUCAACAUCCUUGAAAAGAUUAAGGACCCCGAGUCGAACCCAUAUGCCGGCAUUGUCCUUGACUCCUCACUACCUCGCGACCCGAAUGUCACAGACUCCAGCGUGUAUGAGCGGGUGAUCGAAAGGGAGCGAGAGAUCAUUCGUUCUAUUCAAAGCCUCGAGGCACAGCUGAGGAGUCUCGGGGCCGAAGAGGCUAAGGAUGUUGCUGUCAAGGGCUAUCAACAAAGCCUUUCAGCAGUCGAGGGCAUGAUUUCUGAAUAUCCCAACUAUGCCAGCGCCAGAAACAACCGAGUCCAGAUUCUCAGGCGGCUAUACGGAGAUGCCAUGCUGCUCUCCGAUACCAAGGACAAUUCUAUGCCUCUAAUCGAAAAACCUGAUCAGUCGGAAAGGAGAAAGGCCGUUGUCACAGCUCUAGGUGAUAUGGAAACCUCGAUUGGACUCCUUUCCCCACCAUCCCCAACGACCCCCAUUUCUCCACAAGUUGCACGUACCCUCUCUAUGGCUCAUACGCAAAGGGCAGCAUUGUAUCUCAGGACAGCCAGACUGUUGCUAAGUCGUUCUUUGGAUAUUGACGAGGCCCUUGAGGAAUCGAGAUGGGAGAGGCUAGACUUUGAGGAGGCCGCAUCUCGAGACCUUGCGUUUGGAGGAAGAUUUGGCAACCCCAUUGCAAAAGGGUUGGCUGUCAGCGUCAACCCAACAGCGAAGCUUUGCGGACAGAUUGUUCGGGAGGCAAUGAAGAAGGAAUAUGGUCCGUCGUUUGGCGAAUAA